CCCUCCAAGGAGGGGAAAACCACAACUUCUUCCAUCCCUGGAAAAAAACCUUUUGGGACAGCGAGAGCAGCAGCUCAGAUGUAGCAGAGACAGUUCUGGUUUGCUGAUACACCCCCGUGGAGAACAUCAACCAGCAUGAGAGAGUUCAGCUUGUCUCUUCUGUGCCUCCUUUCCAUCUUCAAGAAGGGUGUGCAGUCCAAUGGCUGGUCCAUCCAUGUCCCAUCUGAUGUUACCGGGGAGCUCGGGAAGAUGGUUGUUCUGCCCUGUACCUUCACGCACCCUUACAAAACCUUUGACCGGACCCUCACUGCCAUUUGGAGGAUCAAGGAACCUUACAACGGCACCGUAGUGUUCAAGUGCACCAGCCAGAGCGCCAGCGAGCUCUGCAAGACUGCUGUCAGCUACAAAAACAAGUACAAACUGUUUGGUAACCCCCGGCACAAGGAUCUCUCCAUCAGGAUUGACAAUCUGACCUGGAGUGACAGCGAGAGGUAUUUCUGCCGAGUGGAGCUCUCCGGAGACAUCCACGACAAGUACGAAAGCAGGAAUGGGAUAAAGCUGCAUUUGAUUGCUGCCCCCAGGAUCAUUAACAUCACCGUCAGCUCCAACGGGGAUCACACCUUCCAAGCCCGCUGCACAGCCGAGGGGGAGCCAGCGCCCACCCUGACAUGGAGCAGUCCCCACCACAGCAACCUCACCUCGGUCACAAGCACGAGCCACCGCGUCACCAAGGAGCUCCAGUACCUGACGCACGACGGCAAGUACACGUGCACGGCGGUCAACAGCCACGGGAGAGCAGAGGGGGCAGUCUACUUCUAUAAGUUCAGAGCGUCCAACAGCUCCUUCUUCAUGAUCCUCAUUUUCGUGCCGCUGGGAAUUAAGGUGCUCGUUUUGCUGGUGAUACUGAGCCUCACCGUGUUCUCCAGAGGUCCUUCCUCCACCCCAGCCAGCCUGGCCCGGCCACAGCAGCAAGACUCCACCUACGAAAACUUUGACCGCAGACACAGCAGCAGCCAGAGCUUGCCAGCAGAAAGACCCGUGGCAAGAUGCAGCUGAGCACCUGGGCUGUCCCACACACACCUCCUCGCACGGUGAGCUCCUGUCCCCUGUACAAAGCUGGAUCACCUCACGGUGCUUUUUCUGCGGCAUGUAAGAUUGCUGUGGACUGAUGCAGAUGGUCAUACAGGCCUUGCAGGUGCGUGUGUUCCAUCUCUGCUGCAACUUACAAACAACAGAAGCCUUCAAAGGGAAGAUAGAUGGAAGAGGAGCGGAGCUGAAAGAACAGAGAGAUUUCCAUGAGACGCCAGUUCUAACCAACCUGCAUGUUCCUAGCCUGCAUCAGAGAGUGUUGAGCAAACAGAUAAGUCUACCACUUUCUCACACCUUUUUGCUUUAGCAUGUAUCAAAUGUUACUUCAAAAAAAGUUUUCAUCACUCUACUUGCCAAAACAAGUGCAGAUUCCUAGAGCCCCCAAGUGAAUUAUUUUGUUUUAAAUACCAGCUAUAAAGAAAAAUGCUACUGGAAUUUGUCAUUUUUUAUUACUGCUCUCAUUCCUUAACUUCCAGAAAAGUUUGUCUAAAACUUAACUUCCAAGAGAAAUCCAAGCAAAAAAGGGAGGAGGUUUUCAGUUAGCUGACAGAGCUGAAAGCAAGACAUUCAAAGAGAGGUCUGCAUUGCAUCUCCGCCGUGGCUCCUGAUAGGGGUACCUGGAACACAAGCCCAUGUGCACACUAACAAAGCUCUGAUACUCCACAAUAAACAUGCUAUGAAAAACAUUCCAAUAAAACAAACUACGCCA